AUGAAACUGGAAGUGCGCAAAAAGCUCGAAAUGGAGAUCAGCGAAGAGAAAAACCCGCUCUAUCCGUGCUCAAAAGACAAGAUGGACAUCGUCCACUUAGCUCAAUCGGAGUUUCUGCCCGAAGGCGUCCAAAACUGCAUCGAGAUCGACUCCAGCAACGUGAUCAGCAUCCCGGAAAACCAGAUCGUCAAAAUCCAGUACAGGGGGGAGGACGGAAUCGUCAACACGGAGUACAUCGUCAACGAGGACAUCCUGCAAAACCUCGAAACCAGUUACCUGGACGUCAGCCCUUCGACGUCCAAACAGCCGGACGACCCCGCCGUCCUCAGCCCCAAAAGCGAGAACGAGGACUUGAGCGAGACGGACCUGACGAGUCUGAAUUGGUUGCACAACAUUACGAAUAUCAUGGCAGUGCCCAAUUUGCCGACGCCGCCGGUCUCGCCCAAGCCCAAGAAGAAGACGUCCGGGUCGAACCAGGAGGACUUGACGAUUAAUAUCAACUAUUAUAAGAAAAAUGGGGAUAAGAAGCCGCCGUUUUCCUACGCGACGCUCAUUUGUAUGGCGAUGGGGAAGAACGGGAAUAAGAUGACGCUGUCGGCGAUUUAUCACUGGAUUAGGGAGAAUUUUUUGUACUACAGGAAAGCUCAUCCGAGCUGGCAGAACUCCAUCCGCCACAACCUCUCCCUGAAUAAAUGCUUCGUGAAAGUGGCGCGUUCGAAAGACGAGCCCGGCAAGGGCGGCUUCUGGAAACUGGACCUGGAGCGUCUGGAGGAAUCGCGCCGCUCAAAACGCCGCUCCAGCCUCACAGUCCGCGUGCCCAGAAACCGGGACGCCCCCCAUAAGCCCGUCCGCAAGGCCCGUCGGUACCGCCCGCCCCAAAGCACCGGCGAACGCAAACACAACAUCCUCUCGAACAUCUCGAUCUGCGGCGAGACCGACAUCGAAAACUGCGACGAGGACGACGAGAAGGACAAAGAGGCGAAAAGCGACGACAUCACGCCGGUGCCCAACCAGAAUGUCAUAACCGAACCGGUCAACCAGCUGCUGCCCGAGGACGAGCUCACCGGGCUGCUCCUGGCGACCAACGGCUGGGACGAAUGCCAAUUGGAGAUGCUCGACUCGUUGCUGGAUUCUUUGUAAUUGUCAAUGUCAUUUGCACACGAGUGGUUUGUGCCUUCUUGUGUAGCACAGUGUGUCAUUUUUGUACAGUUGAAACUCUUCCGUCCAAUAUCUGAGAUAGUUUUAGAGGAUAAAUAUUUUACUAAAUAUAUUGUUAAGAGUGAGGAGCCGUCCAGGCGGUCCUUGGCGGGUCCCCAAGAGGGGCCUGUCCUGCGACCGGCUUUGUAUUAUACACUCGUAUUAUUUAUUAUUUUUGGUUCGACCCGUCAGGGUCUAGGCUUAGUUGAGAUCUCUACUUUACCAAAAGGGUAUUUUUUGUAUUUGGACAACAAAUAAUAGGUGUAGAUUUUGAACAAACUGUAAAAACUGUAUUCUAGUCUUUUGCAAUAUUUGUAAUUUUACACAGUUUGCUCAAACGCAGCAAUAUGAUUGUACUCUACCAUUCAAAUAGAAGUGAACUGUA